GUAUCUACAUUCAGUAUUCCGCGUUACCAUCUCAUUGUUAGACAGCUUUUUAAAAAGCUUCGGUGUAGGUACUAAAAAUAAAGCUCUAAGUACAAAAUGAAGUACCUCGAUUGGUUAGAUUUGGUCAUGUUCGUCGGUAUGUUGAUUGUAUCGGCAGUGAUAGGUAUUUAUUUCGGGUACUUUGCAGCCGAUAAACAAAAUACAACUUCUCAAUAUUUGAUGGGUGGCAAAACGAUGGGUAUUUUCCCAGUAUCCAUGUCUCUGAUAGCAAGUUAUAUAUCUGGUAUUUCGAUACUUGGAUUACCAUCAGAAAUGUAUGUAUAUGGUACUCAGUAUUCCAUGAUUGUAUUGUCUGAGGUUCUGGUUAGCGUUACAAUGGCUUAUGUUUACCUACCAGUUUUUUAUACGUUACAAAUUACUUCUUCGUAUGAGUAUUUAAAUAAACGGUUCAGUUCGUCUGUCAAGAUCUUGGGAUCGUGUAUUUUUGUUCUUAAAAUGAUGCUGUAUAUUCCCAUCGUAAUUUAUGUGCCAGCUUUGGCUUUGAAUCAAGUUACCGGAGUUAGUCUGCAUUUAGUUACUCCUGCGGUUUGUUUGAUAUGCAUUUUCUACACAACAUUGGGUGGAUUGAAAGCUGUAGUUUGGACAGAUACAUUUCAAAUCAUGAUCAUGAUGCUGGGUAUUGUUGCUGUACUUAUUAUGGGCUUAGUCAACGUUGGUGGUUUUGGAAUCGUUCUCGAACGAGCAGCAGCAUCGAACCGGCUGGAAUUUCUAAAUAUGGAUCCUGAUCCACGAACCCGCCAUACGAUCUGGUCUGUGGUAUUUGGGAACUAUUUCUUCUGGUUGGCAUCAUGUUCUGCAAAUCAAGCCAUGGUUCAGCGAUGUUUAUCCUUGCCAAAUAUUAGAAAAGCAAACAUAGCUAUAGGUAUUUUGGCUGUUGGAAUCAUUGUUAUUGUAGGUUUAUGCUGUUUCACCGGAUUGAUCAUUUAUGCAACUUAUCAUCAAUGUGAUCCAAUUACAGCUAAAAGGAUUAAGAAACCAGAUCAAAUAUUACCAUUCUUCGUAAUGGAAAUGGCAGGAAAUAUACCAGGUCUCCCAGGAAUAUUUCUUUCCGGUGUGUUUAGUGCUGCUUUGAGUACUAUGUCAACUGGUUUGAAUUCGAUGACAGGAGUCAUUUUUGAAGACAUGAUUAAGCCUUUCUGCAAAUCACCGGUUACAGAAUCGAGAGCUAGUACAAUUCUUAAAAUAGUUGUGGUGAUUAUUGGUGUCAUAUGUGUGGCGAUGGUGUUUGUUGUAGAACGAUUGGGAACUUUGAUCCAAGCUGGUAAAAGUCUAUCAGGUAUCACAGCUGGACCAUUACUAGGAAUGUUCAGUUUAGGAAUGUUUUUCCCUUGGGCAAAUGAAAAAGGAGCUUUGAUAGGUGGUAUCGUAAGUCUGAUAACUACUGCCUGGAUCUCGAUCAAUUCUCAAAAAGAAAUCACUCUCGGCAAUAUUGUCUUCCCUAAGAAACCUGUAUCAACAGACGGUUGCCCUGCAGAUUUGAUGAAAAAUAUCACGCUAAUAGACAUCGAAAAAAUUAAAAUACCCUCCGUGGAACCGUUUCCUCUGUUCGAAAUAUCUUACUUAUGGUACACAUUUACUGGUACAGCUGUAGCUAUCAUCGUAGGUCUCGCUAUCAGCUAUAUUUCCGGAUUCAACGAUCCAAAGCUCGUGGAUAAAGAUUUAAUAACACCGGUUGUUCAGAAAUUUUUCUACGAAGAAAAAAAAGAAGAUAACAAUGAAAUGAAAUCCAAGACGACAUCGUAAUCUAUACGACAGCAAAUGCUACGAGUCCAGAUUCGUGAAAAUGUGUCGAUUUUUUUCUAUCGUUUGGUAAAUUUUUCACAAUUAAUAAUAAAUUCUGUACAUUCAA